AUGCUUUCGCAGCAGCUGUCACGCCCCUUCGCCCGGCCAAUUACACGGCCUCGUCCCAGGACCAAUGUGUGCAUCUGCUGCCGCUCCGCGGGCGUGCCUGAUGUCUUUCGGCGCCACUACGCCAAAGCUACACCAAGGAAAGCGCCCUCUACCAAGGCGGAAGCAUGGCGUAAUAGGGCUAGGGUCAUGACCGCUAGCGAGAAGCAGCGGGCGCAAGCUCAAGGAGUGCAGGCCGUCCAAGCCCGUAGUGGAAAGCUUCUGCCGAACUUCGAACUGCUAAGGUGGCUGAAGAAGUCUGGUUUGGUACAGGCCGAUCCAGAAAAAGCCCUGGUACUUCUGGACGAAAUGAGAGAACUGAGCAGCAAACUCGACGGUUCUGCCGCCAGAAAACUGUGCAAAGAGCACCAGAUCGAUCACCGCGACAUGUACUUCUUCGCCCGCGCCUGCCUCUACCAUUCCAACCAUGAAGUAGUUCGAAAGCUUGGCAAGACACUCUUGCUCGCAGCGUCCGCAAACCAAAUCGACCGAGCAACUCUGUACCUCUUGCGUAUGGCCGACAGGCAGGACAGGGAUGGCGGCUUCCGUUUACGUAUGGCCUACAACUCGCCUGAGCUGGCUGUUGCCCGGAGGCAUUUGCAAAGGCUCGUCGACUCGAGACAUCUGGAGGCUAUGGUCUUUCGAGCCAAGCGUAUGGCCGCAGAGGGCAACACGCAGCAAGCCAUCCGUAUCCUUGAAGUCGCGACCGAGAGCCAGGGCGCUGAGUAUCAAGAUCAUGAGGCCAUGCAUCACGAAUACAGUGGCCACUUCUUCAAAGAUAUCGAGGAGAGCAGGAGCGAAAGCCCGUGGACGAUGCUGGCUACGCUGUACAGCAAGCAAGGCAAUUUUGCAGCAGCCGAACACGCUUUCAGUUUAGGAAUGGAGAAACAUGACGACCCGAGAGCGUUUCAGGGAUUUGCUGCUAUCAUGACGGACAAAUUUUCGCCCCUGUGGGUGGAAUACAUGACCAAGGCGGCGGCCUCUGGAUCCUGGACAGCAGCAAAGUCGCUCGGCGAGUUCUACAGCGCUCCCCUCGAGCAGAUUCCAGAGAAGUUACGGCAUGAGAUGUGGCAACUGGAGACGCAUGGCGCCGCCGUCGAAUGGUGGUAUUACUGCCUCAGUAAUGAAGAGCUAAAAUACCUCGACAAGCCACCGGGCACCAAGCUCAUCAGAGCGGACCACUGGCGUCCGUACAAAGACCCUGCUACUGACUCGGCUUUGUUCAUGGCCGAACUCAAUCCGCGCCAAGCCUUGGCGAUGGAAUGGUACGACAUAGCCUGGAGAGGGCAAUACUGCUUCAGUGACGAAGAAAACACUUUGAUCAACGAAGCCAUGCAGAAGAUAGUCGACGAGGCGACUUCGCAGUCAUUUGCUGGCGGGGGCUUGACGGGGUCGAGGGCGGGGUUACCAUCGAAGCUACGCCAUUAUGACCAGCAUCAUUUGUCCACUGAAAAACAUUUGUGGGAGCGGGCUGCGGUUGAACUUGAUGAAUUCAAGAAAAGGAUUUUUGGCUAA